UCUCUCUCUCUCUCUCUCUUUCUCUCUAGUCACUGCCUGUACACGAAACAUCGUACAAUCACCAAGAGCAGAAUACAAAAAAGACCAAAGCUGUGUGUGUGCGCCCACGGUCGUUCUCCGUUGCAAUGUCCUUGGGUUUUGUCGAUUUCAGGGAAGCAGGCGAGACCUUUGGCGGAUUGUCGGGGAUGCUGCGCCAGAUCCUCUCGCCCUCGCCCGAGACUGGGGAGGCUGGCAUGUCCUCCGUCAAUUGUAAUCUUCUACAGACCAACUCCAUAUAUACGAACCAAUCGUCGAUGCUAUCGUCGACAUUACUAAACACCAUUCCUCCGCACUUUCAGUCCGUAUGCCCGGAUCAGUCCCUGCUCGACCAGAUGCAGAUCCUCGCGGAGUCCUAUCCAUGUCCCACCUGCGGCCUGGAGUUCCGAAGCGUCCUUAAACUGAACUAUCACAUGCGUACGAGCCAUGUGAUGCGUCCAGAGUAUGAGCAUAAUGUCGAGAAUCAACCGCGGUACUCGUGCGCUGUCUGCUCGCGUAGCUUCGUCUCUCUGAGUCACCUCAAGUUACACGAGCUCACACACACCACCGCGUCCGUGACCUCGUGCGCGUCGACCUCUGCGAACCUCAUGUCGCCCGACAGCGAUAACGGUAAUAUGGAUAAAAUGUUUUCCUGCGAUCUCUGUCGAGCGACUUUUCGUUAUCGUACGCUGCUGGAACGUCAUCGAAGGAUGCACGACAUCGAUCCGGAGAAAAUGUACUCUUGCCCCAGGUGCCUGAUGCGCUUCGAGACGCGUAAUCUGUAUAAUCACCAUGCGAAAACUCACAGACCAGUCCCGGCAACGGGUAACGACAACAACCGAAUGAUGGUCAGCGCGUCGAACACAGUAGUGCCGUCGUCCGUCGUCGACCCGGUCACCGCCGCCGUCAACCUCGGCGGCCCCAUCAUGCCCGCCAAAUCCAUGACCUCUUACCCCUGCGACUCGUGCUCCAAACAAUUCACUACUGCCGAGUCGCUGACUACGCAUAAGGCGGUGCACAGACCCAGACCGUUGGUGUGCAACGUCUGCGGCAAGGGCUUUACGCACCGCAAGUAUUACGUGGUGCAUCAGCGCAUUCAUACGGGCGAGAGGCCGUAUCUCUGUGCCAUGUGCGGCAAAUCGUUCACGCAGGCAUCGACGCUCACCGUGCACCGCCGUUAUCACACGGGAGAGCGUCCGUACACGUGCACGUUUUGCGGGAAAGGAUUCGUCACACGAACGAUCAUGCUUAAUCACAUGAAGAAGCAUUGAAACCUCCAAUUGAUCGGUGUUUCACGGCAAUUAUACAACUCGCGAUAGAUCCUUCAAAGAGAUCAUUCGGGGAGACGUUAAAGAGAUGCAAUUUUAUGUAGGAUAUUUUGUUAAUGUUCUUUGAGAGGAAGGAUAUUGAGAGAAUUAACUGAUUUUGAUUUAAUCGAAUGAUUUAAUAUGCAGUCGAGAUAUACAAUAUUUUUUGCGUGAUGAUUUUUAAAGAAGAAAUUCUCUCUUAAAAUCUCUGAUUAAAAUAUGUUUUCCGUUGUGAACAUUUCAGGUGCUUUUUCUAUUCGGAUUAUCAUGAUUACCGGAGGUAAUUAUUGUCUUAUAAGAAUGUCAUUGUAGAACAUCGAUUUGUCGAAGUGCCUAAAAUUACUCGAGUUACUAAUACGGUAUAGUAAUAAAUAAGUAUCGGUACAAUAUAUAACAAGCGAAUUAAAGCUUGUGAGUUGAUUUUUUUAUGAAGAUGUUUCACGUGAUAAUAUCUUUAAACAUUCUAUAGUUUCGGAUAAAAUAUAUUUAACGAUUGGAUAUUUGACGAUCGAAUCAGAGUCACGACAAAAAAAAUAAGCUAAUCUUAUUCUAUAAUCAUAAAUGUCGUCUCAUCACUGUGAUAUUGUUUGUACAUUAUAUAAAAUAUUUAGAGAGUAAUAUUAUUAUUAAAUACUUGACGGAUCUUUCUGUCGUUCUGAAUGAAAGCUAAUUUAGCCUAAUUCAGUUUUGAAAAAAAAAAAUUAGUACCUGCCUAAAACGAUCACAUAAAAGUGCCUAAAAAUCGCAAAUUCAAUCUCAAUUAAUUAAAAUCGCAAUUUUUUCACUUGAACAAAUUUGGAAUAAAAAUAUUCGACAGGUAAUAUAUUCGCGGAUAAAUAAAUUUGAUUAUUUUUAUAUUACGCAUAUAAAAUUAAAUUUUUUACAUUAAACCAUCGGUGAAUUGGUAAUAUGUUCAAUGCAACAAUUAAUUUCAACAUAAAACUAUAUUCAGGUGCCUUCAAUUGAUGAAUAACGAAAGACAGGGUAAAAAUACAUAAUAAAUGUGAAAUGUAAGUAUAUGAAGACGCUUAAAUAUUUAUAUAUAGAAUUGGUAGUAGAAGUUAUACACGAUUCAAUAUCUUGAACUUUGGAUAAAAUAAAUGUAGCAAUAUCUAGUAAUACUUCGCUGAUAAUUCAACAAUUUUAUUGCUUGCAAAUUUACUUUUUCUCUCAUUACAACAUCGUAAAUUAUAUUUCUGUAAUCAGAUGCGUUUUUAUCUAUAUCCUAAUAUUUAAUACAGAUGUCUCUUU